GUUCUUCCUCUCGCGCUACGUGUCCUGCCAUGCCACCCUCUCCUACCUUAUUAAAACGCAAUCAUAUGGGUCACAGCGCCUAAAUUGCGUAUUAAUCUCUCACAAACACAAGGAUAACCAUAAAAUUAUGGCACUGGAAUGGGUAAUUCUGAGCUACGUCACUGCGGCUGAAGCCACGAUGGUCCUGCUACUGACCCUGCCGCCAGGCCUGAAUCCUCUACGGAAAGGCGUCAUCUCCGUCAUCCGCAAUCUGCUCAGGCCAUUCCUCUCAGUGCUACCUUUCUGCCUGUUCUUGGUAUUGGACAUUUAUUGGAAGUACGAAACUCGGCCAAGGUGCAACUCGCCGGAUUCGUGCACCCCAACGGAGCUCGUGCGCCACCAAAAAUCGGUUCUCAAAUCCCAGCGAAACGCUCUGCUCAUCGCCGCCGCAGUGAUGUUCUAUUGGUUGCUUUUCGCUGUGACGCGUUUGGCUGUAGAGGAGGAGCAGUUGACUGAGCGGGUUCAGCGGUUGAAGAACAGCGACUGACUCGAUGAGAAUUUUCUCAUAUAUCAGAGAGAGAACUACGUGAAGUUGUUUAGAUGAUUCGAUAGCUAAUAAGAAACGGUUUUACUAAAAACAUAGUUUGUAUCUUACAUACAUUUGCAACUUUGGUUUAUUUUUUUAAUAAAAUUGUUAUAAACUAAGUUUCA